CUGGAUAACCCAGGAGAAAUAUAUAACUUCAACGAACAUGAAGUUAAGAGGAAGAUAAAAAAGGUACUGGUUAACAAAGAAAAUAUAUUUAAAAAAGGGUUAAAGCACGUGGAGGAGUACAUGAUUAAUAACAUGAGCAUGAUGAUGGGAAAUAAUAAUGAACAGCUGAGAAGAAUGGGACUGGAAAACAUUAAGGUGGAAACAGAGUUCUUCUACAAGUUGGGAGGAUCGUACGAAGACAUGGGCGACCAGGUGGAGGAAGUUAAUAGGAAGAUAGAGGCGCUGCAGGGAGAGUUGAGCGAGUUGCACAUGAAGAUGGGAAAGUCGCAGCUGACGAAGCAGAAUGAGCCCUCAAUGCUGUACGCAUACGUGAGUCAGACGUUGAACAUAAAAGAUAAGACGCUGGAGUACGAAGACAUACUGCAGGAAAUGAAGGAUUUCCAGGACCUGGUAAACGACGAGCACAGAGAAAAGAGAAGGCUAUUUAAGAAUCUGAUCAUGGGCACGAGUAAGCAGAUGCUGAAGGUGGAGCAGGAGUACCAGAAGAACGACGCAGAGAGAAUGAAGCAGGUGCUGCAGCUCUACAAGAACGUGAGCAGCAUGAUGGACCUCUUCUGGAAAAAAAUAGAAAAGUUCGCCUGGGAGCACCUGAAGAAGGACCUGCAGCAGGAGCUGAUAAAGAAGAAGAAGCAGAACCUGGACAAGUUCAUACAGGACGCAAUCAAAGUGUCAAUCAACGACCAAGAAAGGUACAUCUUCGACAAGAAAAUUAAAGGAACGGGAGGAGAGAGAAAAGGAACCACAGCUCAGAGUGGCCAAAGUUCAAGUUCCACCAAGGUUGGCAUAGACAAGAACGUGGCCGCAACUAGUAGUAGCAAGACGAAGACUAACGAGGAUGAGGAGGAAUUGGUUGAGGACGAGUAUGUGUUUGAUAAGGAUGAGGAGAAGAUGGAAUUGGACGAUUUGAAGCUUGAAGAUGAGAUGGAUUCUGACAAGGAGGAGAAUGAGUUGGACGACUUGCAGAAGGACUUGGAGAUGCCACUGGAGGAGUUGUUGAAAAUGUACAAACAACAGUCGAAUGGUGAUUUUGAUGAUGAGUACGAAGAGGAAUUUUCAGAUUAUACAGAGGAUCAGACACCAGAUGAUAAUGAUGACGAAAUGCAUAAGGAUAAUCAGGAAUCACCUGUGGAACCAGCUGAACAGGAUGCAGUUGUAGAACCAGAUCAGGAGCAUGAGUCACCUGUGGAAGUAGAUCAGGAUCAUGAGGAAUUGGUUGAGGACGAGUAUGUGUUUGACAAGGAUGAGGAGAAGAUGGAAUUGGACGAUUUGAAGCUUGAAGAUGAGAUGGAUUCUGACAAGGAGGAGAAUGAGUUGGACGACUUGCAGAAGGACUUGGAGAUGCCACUGGAGGAGUUGUUGAAAAUGUACAAACAACAGUCGAAUGGUGAUUUUGAUGAUGAGUACGAAGAGGAAUUUUCAGAUUAUACAGAGGAUCAGACACCAGAUGAUAAUGACGACGAAAUGCAACAGGAUGAUCAGGAAUCAGUCACACGACAAGAAGAUGAUAAUGGGUUAUCAGAAGUGUCGGAAGAUGACCUCUCAGACAUGACAUCGAAAGAAAACACAGACUCCAAAGACGGGACAGAAGGUGGAGAAGUGAAGGUGCCCUUCCUGAUCAAGGCAGUGCUGAGGCCGUACCAGAAGGAAGGACUGGGAUGGCUAGUGUCACUGUACGAGAGAGGAAUCAACGGAAUAUUGGCGGACGAAAUGGGACUGGGAAAAACACUGCAAACAAUAUCACUCCUGGCGUACCUAGCGUGCUACAAGGAAAAUUGGGGACCGCACAUCAUCAUAGUGCCGACCUCGAUACUGCUUAACUGGGUGAUGGAGUUCAACAGGUUCUGCCCAGGCUUUAAGGUGCUAGCGUACUACGGAACGCCAGCAGAAAGAGCGAGAAGGCGAAGCGGAUGGAACAGGCCGCACAGCUUCAACGUGCUGGUCUCCUCGUACAGCAUCGUGGUGCAGGACGCGUACGUGCUGAAGAGAAGAGCGUGGGAGUACAUGAUACUGGACGAGGCGCAGAACAUAAAAAACUUUAACUCGAAGCGCUGGCAGACGCUGCUGACGUUUAACACGAAGUAUAGACUGCUGCUGACAGGAACGCCGCUGCAAAACUCGCUGCAGGAGCUGUGGUCGCUGAUGCACUUCAUACUGCCGAACGUGUUCACGUCGCACACGCAAUUCAACAUAUGGUUCACAGACCCGCUUAACCAAGCAUUGGAUAACCUGUACAGCAGUAACCCCUUGUACAAAAAUGAGAAUGACUUGGAAAAUAAGGAGAAGGAGGAAAUGAACAGAAACAACAUGGAGCUGGUGGAAAAACUGCACGUGAUAUUCAGGCCGUACCUGCUGAGGAGGCUUAAGAAGGACGUGGAGAAGCAGAUGCCCUCGAAGUACGAGCACGUGCUUAAGUGCACGCUGACGAAGAGACAGCAGGUGCUAUACGACGAGUUCAUAAGCCUGUAUAACCUGAACAGCAAGGGCCUGGACAAGGAGAGGCUGAGCUACAGAAGCAUGCUCAACAUACUGAUGCAGCUGAGGAAAAUAUGUAACCACCCGGACCAGCUUAAGUCGAGAGACGUGCAGAUCCCAAUAGAGUUCAACAUAGAGCCGCUGACGUUGCCCUCGAUGUUUAAAGUGAUAGAGACAGGAUCAAUAUAUAAUCGCAGAAACGGAGAUGAGGAGUCUUUGGUGAGUGAAACGAAUGGAACUUAUGGAAAUGGUAUGUAUGGGAACGGACGAAAUGGUAGUGACAGGCUGAUAGUGGACAAGAGAGUAACCAGAAGAAGGCUGGACCUGAACCUUAAUUCAGAGUGCCUAAUACACACGCUGCUGAGGAACUACAACGCCAGUAACAACAACGGCAAUAACAGUAUCACCAAUUUGAAUAACAACAUCACUAACGGCUAUAAUAAGACUAAUGGGAUGGGAUAUGCAGCACAAGCAGGGAACAGCUGGGGAGUUGACACGAGGGCACGCGGAAACGGAUGUAGUAAGACUAACCUGACGAACCCAAACGCAGAAGAGGCACUGGAGUCAGUGUUCAAUUUUAAUCUGAAGAACGACCUGGAGAUGAAUAAGAUGAUAGAAGCAUACGCGCCGCUGGUGGAAAACUUUUUAGUGCUCCCGACAAAGGUAGUGAGCAGGCCAAUCAAGCUGUACUACUCAGGAGAGACGGGAGUUAACCACAACAUAAGAAACGACUGGCUAAUAAGGGAGGUGACGACCAAAGUGUUCGAAAGAGACGACAAGGAGUACUACGCGAAGAACAAGGUGACGCUGGAGGCGAUCAACUCGCAGUACAGGCUCCUCUUCCCGUCUAAAAGAGCGCUGAACGACGACUGCGGAAAGUUCAGAGUGCUGGGUCCGCUGCUGCUGAGGCUGAAGAGCGAAGGACACCGGUGCAUAAUAUACACGCAGUUCUCUAAAAUGCUCGACAUUCUGGAGAACUGGAUCAACUUCAUGGGCUUCACGUACACGAGGCUCGACGGCUCCACAAAGAUUGACAUGAGGCAGAAGAUAGUGAACAGAUUCAACGAAAACACAAAGAUAUUCCUCUUCAUAUCGUCAACGAGGUCAGGAGGAGUGGGAAUAACGCUCACGGGAGCAGACACAGUUAUAUUCUACGACACGGACUGGAACCCAGCAAUAGAUAGACAAGCAAUGGACAGGUGCCAUAGAAUUGGACAGACGAAGGACGUAAACGUGUAUAGACUAAUCAGUGAGCACACAGUGGAAGAAAACAUAUGGAGAAAGCAGCUGCAAAAGAGGAAGUUGGAUGAUCUGAUAGUGGAUCAAGGACAAUUUGAUAUACAGCACAACGCAUGGUUUUCAAACAUUGACACACUGAUAAACAUAUUCCAGAGUAAGAAGGAUGACGACGAAGAGGACAAUAUCUACGGAAAAACAAUUCUGCACGAGAGUAAUGUGGGUGAAACGAACCUGAAGGGAACAGGAGUGAAAAGCCUGAAGAUGUUGAUAGAAGUGGAAGACGCAGACGACUCAAUGGCACUGAAAAAGUUAACAAAGGAGAACGAGAAGAUAAACAAAGAGGACUUUGAAAAUGACAUGAUCAACACAAUACCAGGACUAGUGACGUACUGCAUUAAGUUCCUGCUCAAGUAUCAGACGGCAGCACUGGAAAGGCAAGUGGAGUUGAUGAAAGUUAAAAUCCAAGUUGAAGAUUACCAGAAUAAGCAAGACGACGAGGAGGGGGACGAAGAUGAUAUAUACACAGACUACGACUCGGAAGAUGAAGUCGGUGAAGGCUCCAAUGAAGAGGAGGAGGAGGAAGAUCAGGAAGAAGAAGAUGAUGAUGAUGACGAGUAG